CAAGACAAUAACAGAGAGAACGCUAACACCUGUUUGGCAAAGGUUAUUCGUCCCACAGCCCGUCCCACCCGUCGGUGAUUAUUUGUCGCAGUAGGCUAGUUGGACACUACGGCACAAGUUUCGCAUAUCAUAAAUACUGCAUCAUCAGGACCUUCAGCCUUGUGUCCAGAUGUGGUGAUAUCGAUUUUUAUUAGGCUUAUAAUUAGAAGUGCUUUUCAACAAAAACGAGACAAGAUAGGCUAUUGAAGCUCAUUCAACAACGACGGUCAGUGUGUGAUACUGUACUGCCGUUCCUGUAGGAAUCAGUAACGCAAAAUGUCAUCGGGUCAUAAACAUCUCUAUUCCUGCGUGACCUUUAUUGUUUUCAUGAUAGUGAUAAAUUUCUACAAGAACAAAAUUAAUCAAGCCCGAGAGCGAGAGGCUUUCGUUCGAGCCAAAGCGAAUGGAAACAAAGGUCCUGUGGGAAGACAUGCACUGCAACUAAUGACCAAGCACCGUCCUUUGAAUAUCGAUGGCGUAGAAGAUGACGAUAAUUGGUUCGAGUUCAACGUGGGUCGUCCAUCAUGUCCAGAAACUGUGCUGGAGCGGAUGAAAGAGUUUCCAGAUGAGUGCAUGGACAUGGAAGUGUUCUAUUUCUCCAAGGAGAAAACAAUUGAUUCAUAUCCUGCAAAAAGAAAACGAGAACUACCUAUUGGGAUUAAUCCGAAGGCCUCCGUUAGGCGACAAGAUACCGGUUCAAACUCAUCAAUGUACGUGUUCUUAUCUGUGCUGAUAAUACUGCUGAUUGCGGCAGCCGUGGACAUUUCCAAACAUAUCAGGGACAUCCCAAGGCAAGAUAACAUUCGUCGUCUGUCACUCCAAAACUAUCAAACGCUGAUUCGCGAGAAACAGAAACAGUUCCGUAUGAUGAAGAUGCAUUACUCACAACCGUCGAUGAGCUUCGAUGGAUCCUUGGAUGAACCCAGCUAUCCAAGUACGCGUCCCAACGACGUCGCAGAUCUUCGAGCGCCAGCUGUGAAAUCAAAUCCACUUCUGCGCCGUCAAUCGGUUCCAGCUUUUAAACGGACAAGUAUUUGCAGUGCGAAACAGCUAUGUCGACGACCAUCGGUGGAUUCGUUUGCCCUAGCCGAACGAGAUGGGGAUGUGAGUUCUUUCAUCAAGGCCAACAACGGUUCACCGACUGAGAUUCGACGAAGGGUGAGACUUUUGCAUCGACAUUGAGGAAAUUUAUUGCAUUUAAAAUGGGGAGCUUUUUGGUGCACAAAAGUAAUCUCAUUUGUUUUAGACACUUUAGGAUCUGUACUGUUUGUUGGUAUAGGGGAUGUCCAGUUUCUCGUUCGUGGACAAACUAAUUUCUGGAUUCGACGUUGUGACUUUUGUGAUAAUAUUAUCCCAAUGGGAUUUGUAGAUCUGGUUAGUAAGUGAGCCGCCAUUUUACUGAAAGGAACUGACGUAUUGUGUAACGUGGAUGUAAUUUUAGAUUCGUUUUGAUGUAUGAGCGUUUUACAGUUUUAUCUUGAUGUUUUUACUGGCUGUUGUAUUUAUAUUAUCAGUGAGUUGUACCAAAUCUCAAAAACUGUUCCUUAAAGCAUAAUGUGUACACAUUUGAAAUUUAUAUGGUGUAUAAAAUACACUAAAGCAAUUCAAAGCCUUCAAGGUAACAGAUAUGCAUAUUUAAGCACCAAAAUGAAUGACUUUUGAAUUAUAAAAUGCGCAGAGAAAAAUAGCUUAAAUCACUCCACAUUCAGAUCUAAUUAACGACAUUGUUUGGUAGACGGUCCUGUUAGUCCCAAAAUCAUUUUCACAGUAUCGAGAAAUUCAAAUUCGCUACUUGCCACCUUCAGAUUCAAUUUAUUGCAUUAUCAUCAUCACAAUAUUUGUGACAAAAUAAAUCCGAAAAAUUGCGGAAAAUAUUGCCAUAUUGCUUGAUCGUGGGCCGUUGUCGUACAUGCUCAUCUUCUUAAGUUCCACAAAUCCAGUGACAGCGGUCCAAAGAUAAUCAAACGCUGCCAUUAAAUCCAUAAAUUCUGAACACCAACAUGGCAAAUUUUAAAAUAUAGCAUACUUAUAAAGGGUUCAGUAUAGGGACUCCAUUUAAAAUUUCAAAAUUUAAAUGACAAUUUAAAAACGACAUUUCAAAAUUGAUUCGAAGAGCUAUGCUAUAACUAUAACCGAAAUCAUCUGUGCAAACCAAGAACUUCCUCUGGAGGAAGAAAAUAAGUUUUUGGCUGGUUUGAUUCUCGAUGCCGUGAUUCAAACUCAGACGAAUAGAGUACCUGACGGGAGCACCCUCGGACAGUCAGGCAUCCCGCGUGCUAAGCAGUGUACGCGAGAAAGUUCUCCGCGUAAAGCAUAAGCUUUUUUGAUUUCGGAUCGCCCGUAUUUUUAGAAAAUACAGGACGUUACAACGCAAAUGAAAAAUUUGACGAAAGCCAAAAACGCAGUCACUGGCGCCGGUUCGUCGAUGGGUUAACGAGAGAUACAUCGAUGAGCACCCCUGAGGCACUAACAAUACUAACGAAAGCGUGGAAACUCCGACCGCUGGAUUCGAUUUGGAUAAAAAGGUCUGACUUGACUUUACUCCGGCACAGAAAACCUACCGCAUCCUCCUACAAUAUAAAAAAAUCAUUCACCAUUUUCAAUGGUGGAAUUCUCACUUGCGCUCUUGUCAAUACCAAAAACCGGCGAUAGACAAUCAAAUUCAGCUUGUUAAUGAAUCUGGCUGAUUAAAAUGACGAGAGGCAUGUCACAACCACAACGACUAGGGAAGACCUUGCGCUUACAAUCGAACUUUAGCGAGGUUAAGUAGAUGGUCACAUCGAAGUUGAUACAUGUAAUCAUACCGUAGCAUGGCAGUUAAAGUAACGACGUUAAAGUCUCCCAGACGGGUGCACUGUUCUGUGAUAUCAGAAAGCCUUCGGUGUCCCACCUAUUCUAUCUUAACAAAUUAUUGAAAUAUUGGAGAAUAUUAAAAAAAUGUGAAAGGAUUGAUUUUCUGGAUUACACUUCUACUUCUCUAUUGCAGAAUUAUCGAUCGCGUUUAAUAAAUUAGCCAUCAAAAGCUACGAUCGUAACAAACAAGGGUAAUAUGGCAGUCGACUCUUUCAAAAAUGUGUUCACUGUAGAGAGAAAUGCUGUUAAUUGACUUUUAAGGGAAUCAGAAAUGUCAGUAAUAAGAAGUACAAAUAUGCAAAUAGGUGGAAGUACCUUGACAAAAAGGACAGUUUGACGGAGCUGACCCGAAACGAAACCUAUAGAGAAGACGAAUCGUAGCAAUUUUUCCAGCACACAAUUGCUUGGAAUCCAGAAUUUUGACCACACCAUCAAUUUCGACUGUCCGUGCGGACAUGUAGACAUGAUAGUCCUGCAAGAAUAGCAAGUAUUAUACUUAGCCUGACAAUCGGGUCCAAUCAGUUGAUUUUUUUUCUGCAGCCUUUGAUCGAUUGACUGGAAAUGAAUCAGCAAUCACAAAACUUGUUAGAGGAUCUGAAAUUAUAAACUGAACUUUUUCCAGUGGUCGGUGGGAACUAUUUGCUUUAUCAAUAGCUUGAAGCUGUUUUGAUUUCCUUUGUGCCAGCGGACGAUUACGGCCAAAGCAUUUAGGGUAAUCGACGUUGUUUUUGUCGAAUGAAGCAUGGGAAUUUUUUUUGUAGGGCAAGACCAACAUUGGAGGAUACAUUUUCGCCUCGGCUAAACAAGUAGACAUAACCGUUAUGUUUUUUGCUGGACCAUGAUUGACCUUAUAAACGUUCCUUUCGCCUCGCAUAGUGAUAAGUUUAUCUACAGAUGGAUCGAUGAAAACUCGAAUCGUUGCCAUUUAGGACGCUCUUCGCGUUUUGAACAAUUUCUACUAGACCCUCUUCCACGAAAAUGUCAAAAACUUCCAGAAACCACUUUCUGAUCUCCUUUUCAAUGACAUUGGCAUUUGCGUUUCUAAUGCCUUCGAGUUUCCGAAUGGCAAGCUCCUUGUGUCGGUUAACGCAACUAGUAAACUGUUCAUGACCUGCAAGCAUAUAUAAAUUAGGAAAUUAUAUCUGAAGGAAAGGUAAAUGCUAUGUGUUCAUACUUGGUUUUCCUUUUCUGAAUGUGCCUUUUUCGGGAUUCUGCUCAAUGUACAUUGCGAAUCUGCUUAUCAAGCGGUGUUUUUGUAACGGAGAACCCUUUCCGGGUCAUUUUUAACCUGUCUACGAGCACCUUUUCUUACCCAUUUUCGAGGACGUUCCGGUACUUUCCUGUUUCUUGCAUUUCUUCCCUUAGCGGUAAUUGAUCGUAGAACGAGGUAUUCUGCUGCGAAUUUGUCUUCUAGGGUAUCCAAGGAGACCAAUUUAUGUACUUCACUAGUUCUCGUCCAGGGGGGCAAAUUUAGGAUAAUCUUUAAGAUCUUAUUUUGAAGGCGCUGGAUCGUAGACUCGUGAAAUAAUGCCAUAUUGUAGAUACAGGGAGAGAUUGACGAGGUUCUACUGUGAAUGGGGGAGGGGAAAAUGUAUUAAACUUGGACAUCAAUAGUUUUCAAAAAUACCUACCUACCUACCUCGGGCCUGAAGGGAAUCUAUUAGUUGGGACCUGGCAACACGGUACUCUGCGCACAGCCAAACAACAUGCUCGAUGUCGUGAUAGCCGUUCUCACAAACACAAUGAUUACUUUCGGCAAGUUGCGCAUCGAAUGUUUAAUGGUUGGACAUGAGCCUUGACAUCGUACGAAUCUCUUAAACCAAGCAUUCGUUGAUACCUUCGGGAUAAUGGAAUGUAGCCACCAUCUCAGAUGCCCAUUACUCCAUGAAGUUUGCCAACUAUCGAGCGUCCUCCGACGAGAGAGAUACUGAAAAAUUCGUUGAAGCACAUUGGUCCUUCGUAAGUGUCGCCUUCUAAUGCACCCACCUUGGCUAAAGAGUCCGCCUUCUCAUUGCCCGCAAUAGAACAAUGUGACGGGACCCAAACCAAGGUAAUCUGGUAAGAUUUUUCAGAUAAAGCACUCAGAUAUUCCCGUAUUUUCCUCCAUCAAAUACGGUGAGUGCUUUCCAGGCUUCGCCUCAAUGGAGCUGAGACUGUCCGAAACGAUGAAGUAAUGGUCUGCGGGCAGGGUGUCAAUGAUCUCGAGAGUAUACUGAAUGGCAGCUAAUUCUGCGACGUAAAUUGAAGCAGGAUCAUUGAGUUUGAAUGACUCAUCAAAAAUUGAUCCGUCACUGUAGAACAUUUUGCCGCAGUCGACUUGAUGGUAUUUAUUAUAGAAAAUAUUUGGGACCACUUGCGAAUGUGAUCCGGGAUUCCACAAAUCUCUUCCUUCAUGGAUGUGUCGAAAAAUACAGUUGGAUCAGAAGUAUCUAAGAGAUGAGCACGGUUAACGUUAUACGAAGAUGAAUUGAUGAUCUGUGCCAUGUAAUCGAAGUACAAGGAUUGUAAUUUAGCAAGUGUUUUAAUGAAUCAAUUUUGGGGAUAAUACUUCUGCAGUUCCACUGUAAAACAGUGAUCAGAUCCUUGAUUCCGUCUAAUAAGUUAGCCAUCGAAGGAUACGAUCGCUGUAAGGAGGGGCCAUUGUUCAGUCAACUGUUUUUAAAAUGUUCUUACUGUUGGUAGAAUAGCAACCAGCAAGCUUUUCAGAGGAUCGGUAAUGUUGAAAGCUGUGAAUAUCCAUUCCACAAUGUCAGAGAAUUUAAGGAAUCCCGUUUUAGGUUGAGUUUCUGAUUGUAAAAUGAGAGCACUUGGGAUUUUUGGUGUCCGGGGAGUUCUGGGAACUCCUGGUUGUAUCUCAAUUUCCCAAAACCAGGAGGUAUUAUCUUCGGAGUUGUAGCAGCACUUCCAGUUGAUGAAUUCUUUUUAUUUGUACCCUUGUUUGGGACAACCUGGGACCCUUACGAGGAAGUUCGAGUGAGUUUGGAUUAGGUUUUUUGCUAGUUUCCAAACAGAGCAAAAGAAUGCCCCUCGCAAGGGUCGUUAGAGCAGCUCUUUUAAGCAUUUCUGCGUAAGAGCGUCUGGGCGAUCUUUGGCGGAUCGCUUCAGUUUAACCGCGCGAAGUUUGUACGUAGGGCAUGUCAAAAGUGCAUGCGGAUUCUCCCCAUAGUAAACACACUUCUCAGCGGGCCUCCUGCAAGUAUCAUCCGCAUGGCGUUCCCCACAUUUACCGCACCGUUGCUUGUUGCUACAGUAGGUGGCCGUGUAACCUAGCCGCUUGCAAUUGGAACAAUUCAUGAUCCGCGGCACAAACAGACGUACAGGUAGACGAGCUCCUCCCACUUCAACGUAGCUCGCGAAACGAGUGUGAUGGAUAGUAUUUCCCAUUUUCGAUGGACAUUGAGUGCAAUUGCUUGCACUCCAAAAUCUUAACUGAUUGAAGGUUAGGGUCCUUAAAGCGGCCAACUCCAUCAUUCAUCAGAUCAUCGACAGUUAGACUCGCAUCACUUAUCACACCGUCAAUCUCCACAUCACGAGAAGGAAUGUAGACGCGAUACUCCUUCGUAAAGAGGCUAUUGCUAAUGAUAUCAUUGAUCUGUUUCAAGUGAGUAACGACUACGCGUAGUUUAUCUGACUGUACAGUUUUAAUCUCGGUUACGGCCGAGUAACGUUUUGUCAGCUUCUGCACAGCAGAUUUGCUGUUUAACGGUUUAUUUUUGGGCCGAAAGUAUACCACCCAAGGACCAGCGAAUCCAUCCUGGUAAACAUUGAUUCGGGGGGGGGGGGGGCUUCUGUGGGACAUUGGGGGAAAGUGGAUCGUCCAUAACAUCAUCUGUCUUCGAAUCAGAUAUAUGUUCCUCUUCCCCAUAAGGUUCGUCUUCGGAGGGUGAUCCUUCUGUUUGUUCCAUUUUGUUGCGGGAGCAACACGCUCGACCGCACUAUUUAACCUCAAUCAAAAUAAAAAAAUCAAAAAAAUAUGAAAGAAAAUCGAUAAGAAAAAUAAAAACGAAAUACUUCACCAGUUGGUUUUUGACGAGCUGGUAGGUCAAUUUAUCCUUCGUUUCUUUUAUCGGUCACCCGCGCGACCUUCACACAGUAGCCGUCCUCCAGGCAAGAAAAUUGUUCAACUGUUCAAGACUGCACUGCUUGACACAAUAUGUUUAUACUCCAGGCCUUGCUGGGAUAAACACCUUCGCCGAUAUCGCCUAACUCAAGGUAAAGUUACACUAAAUAACGUGUGUAACGAACGAGCGUUCGAUUACGAAUGCAGUUAGCAUAUGAUGUUGCGCCUCAUAGCAACAGCUACUAAUUCUUCUCCAGAAUUUCUGCUAUCGACUCUUAAAAGAAGGAAGUUAGGCAAAUAAAUAUUUACUGCCGGUCUUAGAUGCGUUUCGUUGAUAACCACUAUGUUGAUGUCCUUGGCGGUGAGAAAUUCCAGAAGUUCGAGGUGUGUCCACAGUUCAAGUUGGCGAUGUUUAUGUAUUGAAGGCCCAUAUUUAUUUAUUAUGGACACGGCAGCUGUUAGCUGUGAUGACCUCGGAUGCCAGCAUGUCGAAUUAUUCCGCUGUGAAAGGAAGUUCGUUAUUGGGAUGACCAGCUACCGUACUGGCAAACGACAAUCCGGAGACAGCAGCCGGAUUAAGGCGGGGCUGCAUUGAGUAACGGGUCUUUGAGUUAGCGACUCGUUUAUUGUUGGGGGAGAGCGGGUCCAAAUUCGGGACUGCUCGUUGGGGUUGUAAUGCUGGGAAAUGCGCUUUGUCAGUGUCUGACGGCCGGAGCGUUUCGACGACGGCCCAGAAUGAUGAUACUCAUUUCUUACAGAUACGCUUGGAUUUCGCACGGUGGUUUUCGCCGCAGUUAGCACAUUUCGGUUCACCGUCAUCACCUUAACCACAUUAUUCUGCUGCACAACACUCGGCGCAUUUGUCACAGUGCGUCAAAUAUAAGGCAGUUCAUGUACUGGGCCACUUAUGGUGCUGCGGUCGGUUCCCAUAAAUCAAUAACGCGAAAUAAAUCCCGAAUACCUAUCAAGGCGCCGAUGGUAGUAGUUCCAUUGGCAAAAUGGAUCAAACACAGUCGGUACUGCAAUCAGCUGCAAACUAAGCUGUUUCAGCUCUGUCUCGAGAGCCGCCUCGUCGAAUGGUGACAUUUCAAGCAUAACCACCCCCAGCGGCUUUGUUGACGGUAGAUCUUGGGUGUAUAAUUUCACACUACCCGCCUUGAGCAAUGUUCCAAUUCUUGUGUACUUCAUCAUACUGGAGCACACAAUCUUGGUUCCGACGCUGCAAAGGUUAAAGAACGACUUUUAGCCGUACUUGCUAAAUUCGGCCCUGAGCUUGGCUAUAGCUUCCACUGGAGUGAACAGUGGGGGGAUCCGCUCCUUUAGUGCGAUAAUUUCGCCACUACCAUUUUCCUCUGGUAGCACCGCAUACUUCUUGCUUGUGCUCACCUUACUCAUUCCUUGCUAGGCUUACUUUUGUGCUUGCCCCACCCAUAUCAUGUGAGGCUGACUUGGGCGCUCACCCUAUCAUCUGGUUCACUCUCGAUCGUGCCACUCUAUUAUACCUCUGUCACUCCCCCUGGCAUCCCAUGUGGGACAUUUUCCUUAGGCCCCACUUCUGACAUACCAUGCGAGGCUGACUUGUGUGCUCACCUUUUUCAUUCCUUGCUAGGCUUACUUUUAUGCUAGCCUCUACCAUACCAUGUGAGGCUGACUAUUGUGCUCACCCUUAACAUGCCGUGUGAGACUGACUUGGAUGCUCACCCUUUCACUCCUCUGCCACGCCAUGAGGCAUCGAUAGCUAAGUCCCAACAUACUACGCUACGACCCUCCCGUCUUGGCAUGAGGCCGUCCACUUAUACGCCUAUACACUCGCUCUUCUGUCUUGCUUCGGGGUGGCUGGGUUUACCCCUUACGCGGUUUCCAGUCGCUGCGCCAAACCUGCCUCAGCAUGAACAGACCAUUCACUCCCUUUUUUGCGCUCGGCCUUUUUCGCUCCAGCUAACCAAUCACUAGUUAGCCGUGCCAGUCGUCUGUUGCUCGGUUCGCCAGAUUACCUGUAGCCUACUGGCAAUCUGGGUGGUAGCAGCCGAGAUUUCGUUCCACUUCUCCACCAAUUGACACAUCCGCUGGAUAAGGGUAUCAGGGGUUGUGUCCCAGCCACAGACGUCAAGCAUUGCUCUUCUUUCGACGUCGAACCGAUGACAUACGAACAGUAUGUGUUCGGCUGUUUCGUCUACACCUGGGCAGUCCGGGCAGACUGGGACCUCCGCGUGCCCGAACCUGUGGAGGUACUGUCGAAAACAGCCAUGGCCUGACAGGAAUUGUGUUAGGUGGAAGUGAACUUCCCCAUGGGGUCUUCCCACCCAGCUCGAUAUGUUAGGUAUCAGCCGGUGGGUCCACCUACCUUUCGAAGAUUUGUCCCACUCACGCUGCCAUCUGGCGACCGAGGUCACCCUGGUGCGCUCGCGGGCUCCCCUAUUUCCACGUAGCUCAAAGCACUCCUCAUCUUCCCGAAUGACCAGCCCGACUGGCAUCAUGCUCGCUAUCACGCAGGAUGCAUCGUGUGAUACCGUGCGGUAGGCAGAUAUCACUCUGAGGCACAUCACGCGGUAGGUGCUCUCCACUUUCUAUAGAUAACUGGUUACCCUCAGUGCUCUUGACCAUGACGGGCCGCCGUACCUGAGGAUAGAUACGGCAACGCCUGCCAGUGACCUACGUCUACUGGCGCACACCUUUGAGCUGUUGGACAUCAUCCUCGAUAGAGCCGCAACAGCAGUCGACGCUCUCUUGCAUGUAUAGUAGAGUGGCUCGCGGUUGUAUGGGAAAACUUCAAAAUGAUUUAAACUAGCGGGCACAGCACUUUUUGAGUUCCUUUUAUGGUCUCAAAUGCCUGUGCAAAAUUUGGUAGCGAUUGGUUGCUUCCCAAGUUUGUGCAUUGCGUUCAAAGUUUGUAUGGGAUUUUAUAUGGGGAAAUUAAUUUUUUUGCUUCGACGUUAUUAAAGAUCGCUAUUUAAGUUAAUAUGAAAAACUUGCUUUAUAAAACUAUAGUUCAAACCUUGGUUAACAACUUUGUCAAAAACCGUAGCUAACUACGAGUUUUCAAAAAAUAGUUAUAACGAUUUUAAAACUUAUGGUAAAAUACAAAUGCAGAAAUUGAUUACUUUUUCCAACACUGCUGGUGCACCACCGACAUUAAAAACUUAAAUUAAUGAGAAUAUAUUCAUCGUAGAGACUUGGUACCUUUAAAUGAAAUGUUCAGAAUGAAUUGCUGAAUAUCAUAGACGUAGUCAAAAAAUGACAAGAAGAAGGGGGGUAUGUGUAUUCCCCAGUCCCUGUUUAGAUUGUUUUGUAUAAAACAAAGAAUCAUUACGUACCUGUAAAUGUCAACGACUGAACUUUCUUAAUAUUUUGAUAGACCCAAAUAUGAAUCAUAAUCAGAUUGUAAUCUUUGUUGUGGGAAAUAACAUUUACAAUAUUUAGAAUUUACACCUACAAAUUUAUGUGUUGUUUUUGCUUGGGGCAAAAACUAACUCAGGUCUGGAAAUCGCGUUGGGUUCUAACCUGAAGUAUAUUUCUGGUUCACCAACAUCACCUCUGUUUUGCCUGAACCUAACUCAAUUUCAUAAAAAAAACGCUUGUUUGAAAUAACUAUCCUGGUUUCGUUCCUAGAUUCUCAAACGGAAACGUCAAUAGAAACAAUUCCGAAACUUCAAGAAAUCUAAGGAUAUGCAAAACUCUGAGUCUGAACGGCUAAGAAAUAGGGUUUUAAAAUAUGUAAAACUUAUAAACCGCUGUACCAUUUUAAAAUGAGAUAACAGUAGAGCCCUUAAAUAGUAGCACUAAAACACGUAAGAUUAAUUUUUAACUCGGCGGUUUAAACAUUAUGUUAUACUAAACUAUCUAAACAGGGAACUGGGGAGUACACAAGCCACACCCCCUCUUGUUUUUAUUUUCUGACUACGUCUUUGUUAUUCAGCAAUUCUUUCUGAACAUUUCAUUCAAAGGUACCAAGUCUCUGCGAUGAAUAUAUUCUCAUUUAUUCAUGUUUAAAUUAUCGGUGUCGUGGUGUACUGACAGUGUUGGAAGAAAUAAUUAAUUUCUGCAUUUGGAUUGAACAAUAAGUUUUAAAAUCGUUAUAACUAUUUUUUGAAAACUCAUAGCUAGUUAUUGUCUUCGACAAAGUUGUUAACCAAGGUUUGAAUUAUCGUUUUAUAAAACUGAUUUUUCAUAUUGAGUGAAAUAGCGAUCUUUAUUACCGUAAAUGCAAAAUAAUUGAUUUCCCCAUAUAAAAUCCCAUACAAAUUUAAGCGCAAUGCGCAAACCCGGGAAGCAACCGACCGCUCCCAAACUUUGCACAGGCAUUUGGGACCACAAAAGGAACUCAAAAAGUGCUGUGCUGAAAAAUGUCAUUUUCGAGCCACUUUAAUGUAUAGUCGACGUGGCUGCCGAAGGUCAGCUUGUCGUCCAUAAUGGCUCCGAGAGACUUCAGACUCCGCUGUGAAGUGAUCGCGACUUCUCCCACAUGGAUAACUGCAUGUUGCGCCGACUUGCGGUUGUUGACGAUAACUACCUCCGCCUUAUGAUGAGCGAGCUCCAGGCUUCUCGCGCUCAUCCAUUCCUCCACCGUGCUGAUCGCGUGUUCUGCGGUUAGUUCUACCACAGAGAUUGACUCCCCGUAGACCUCCAAGGUUACGUCGUCGACAAAGCCGACGAUCUUGACCCCAGGAGGGAACUUCAGUCUCAGAACCCCGUCAUAAAUGAGGUUCCAUAGCACCGGGCCUAGUAUCGAGCCCUGCGGGACUCCAGGAUCCGGUACAGACCCACCGGUAGGCUAAGCCGAUGUAACGAGAGCGCGAUGGCAACCCAGCUUGCGUUCUUCACGUCAAGUGUCACUAACACACGGUAUCGAAUGCCUCGCUUUUUUGUUGGAUCGCUAUCUCGGCAGUAUUUAUCACUGAGUUGAGAGCGUCCACUGUGGACUUGCCUUCCGAAAACCAAACUGGUUGCUUGACAGACCGUCCGUACCUUCUGCGUACGGGGUUAGCCUGUUGAGGAUAAUCCUCUCAAGCAAUUUGCCAGUCGUGUCGAUCAGACAGAUUGGUCUGUACGCCGAUGGGUCGCCUGGCGGAUUCCCGGGCUUCGGCUACAGCACCAAUUUCUGCCUUUUCCAUCUAUUGGGGAAGCGGCACUCGUCAAGGCAUCUCUGCAUAGCUAGCCUGAACAUGUUCGGGUUCGCUAUGAUCGCUGUCUUGAAAGCGUUGUUUGGAACUCCAUCCGGCCCUGGAGCUUUGUUCAUUGCUAGGGAUUUAGCCACUGCGAGUAGUUCUUCAUUCGUCACUGGAGCCACCAUUUCGGUCGUGCCCGCACUGUCUCGUAGUGCAGGUGGCCAGAGGCUUGUGGCUCGAGACGGAAAGAGUACUUCGAUAAUCGUCGCCAACCGGUCCCGAGACCGUUCUGGGGGUGAAGAGCCCCCUUUGGUCUUGGCCAUCACAAUCCUGUAGGCGUCACCCCACGGAUUCGCGUUGGCACUCUCACACAGGUUGUCGAAACACGCUCUCGCUGAGGCAAGCUGAUCGUAGAGCUGCAAUCUCGGCACUUCACCAGUAUACCGGGCAUCUGCCGUUUCUUGGCUGGGUUUUUCUCGGUAUAGUGGCGUCGCACGCGCGUGAUAGAGCAGCUACCAGCGCAUCCCCGCUUAGACUGUCGGUGCUGGCCUCCAGUCCCAGGGCCGCGGUGAAAGCUUCGCUGUCGAAGUGAUUGGACUUCCACCCGCGUACCUGACAGGGAUCUCCCGCCCUCGGAUGCUGCACACCAUAGUUGAUCCUAAAGCGGAUUGCUAAGUGAUCGCUAUGGGUGUAGCCUUCGUCUACCCUCCAUUCCAUGCCUGGAACCAGACUCGAGCUGGCAAAUGUUACGUCAAUCCGCCUUCACCCCGUUUCUACGGAAUGUACUAGCGGAGCCAUUAUUAGCUAGCACAGUAUCGAGUUUCGCAAGCGCCUCCAUUAGUGCUUGACCCCUGCUAUUUGUACAGUGGCUGCCCCACUCCACUGCCCAAGCAUUAAAGUCUCCCGCUAUGACUACCGGUUUCCGGCUCACUAGGUCUGACGGGAGCCUGUCGAUCAUCUGGUUGAACUGUUCUAUGGGCCACUUUGGUGGAGCGUAGCAGCUGCAAUAGAACACACCAUUGAUCUUGGCAAUCGCAACACCCUCAGCGGAGGAGUGUAUUACCUCUUGAACCGGGAACCGUCCCGUUGUACAGAUUGCCCCCAUUGCAGACCCGCCCGACACCCAAUUGCCGUUGCCAGCAGGGAUGUUGUACGGGUCUGAUAGGAGGGCAACAUCUGUCCUCGGCUCCGAGACCGACUGCCACAGCGGCUGUUGGGCUGCUGCACAAUGGUUAAGAUUUAGCUGUGUGACGUUCACGGCUUCUUCUUAUUUGCCUCACCGAAGGGACACGAAGGUCCACCCAUAGCAUGUUUAUGGGCUUGCUUCUUAGCGGUGCAGAUAAGGCACUUGUGCGCCUUAGUGCAACCCCGCUCCUUAUGCCCCUCCUCGCCGCUGCGACGACAUAGUUUGCUCCUGUCUAUGCCCUUGCACUCGUAGCAUUUGUGGCCGGACUCAAGGCACCGAUAGCACCUAUCCACUGAAGGCGGCUGGGGUAUGCUAAUUGGGCAUACCGACCAGCCGAUCUUCAGCUUUAUAUAGAGUACUUGACAAUCUGUAACUGUAGUAGUGUGUUCAACGAUUUGCGUAAAGCAUAAGUCAUUAAUAGCGUUGUCGCUUGAGGCAGAAACUAACCCAGUUUCGGACCUAACUGCUGUCAAUCCGUUUGUUUGAAGCCAGUUUCAAACCUAGGUUAUGCGCCACUGAACUGUAAACCGGGUUGGGUUCUAACCUGAAAUAUAGUUCGGCUUCGCUCACACCACUACUGUUUUGCGAGUACCCAACUCAGUUUCAUUUAAAAAGUUUGUUUGAAAGAACUAACCUGGUUUAGUUGCUAGGUGUUGUGGUUUAAAUAAAAUAGGCUUAUGGCUAGUUCCCAAAAUGGACGGCCCAUGUGCGGGGCUCCUUUACGUCCGGACCACCAAACGGCCCAAAAUGCAGUGUCAUUCAUAUAUUAUCAAAGAUGCAAGAGGUGUUAGGAAAAUUGUGAAGACAUACCCGAUGCAUGACGUGGAUUCCUGUCGGGUAGCACCAUUUGCAUCGUCGGCCGUCGUUCGGGAUCCGGCAGGACGUGCUGCGACAUCACUGCGACCGUUUACUGCAGUUAAUGUUAAGGAGCAACCACUGCUGGUAACCCUACAUUGUUUGAUAUUUACUAUGUGCCCAUACGAUGUAGACUCUACUGUUUAUGAUUCUGUUUUUCCAUUUUUUCUUGAAAUGUCAUUGAAUUGAAUUAAUAAUACAAAAACGCAAGCACGUUGUUUCUCAAUCCUUUGUUUUAUUCCUAAAGCUUCUACGUUAAUCUGAAAAACUAUUUCAGUUAAUUCCAUGAUGAUCCUCUUGCAUUCACACGGACGAGUGUUUCACUCUUACACUUCUCCAAUCUCUAGCCAAUCGAGCUAGUUGAGCAACAGGACGCACUUUCGCUGUCUUGAUUUUCACAGACCGUGUUACGGCCACGUCCGCGCCUUCGCACAGCCAGGAAUGGUAAAGCUCCUGUCGCCCAACGGCACCUGAUUGUGUUUUGGCAAAGCACGGAAUGGUACAGCUUACGCCGAGACCUGGUUGCCCCAACUAGCCAAUUUAGUCCCCUUUUGACACUACCACGCGGUUUCACUCUCGAUACCUCAAUCUUCACAGAUCGUUUUACGGACACGUUCGCAUUCUCGCACCGCCAGGAAAAGAACAGACUCUUUCACAGAACACCCGGUUCUUUUUGCUUUUUUUCCUUCUGUCUUUGACGUUUUUCAAUCAUUGUUGCCAACCAUUGACUUUUGCGCGCAGUCAUGAUUUCUGUGGCUGCGUACUUGCACGUUUCCUAUAAAUACCUCAUAUUGCACCAAAUUUAACUUAAAUAAUUACUAACGUAGCAUAGGUUCUCAAUCGAAAACGACAUAAGUGACUUUACGCUUGCCCGGACUGCCGCAGACUCAGGGCAUUCGCAUUUAAUGCCAUGGAGUAUUGUCCACUGAGGGCUUCAAAAAUGUAAGGUUUUCUGUCCACGUGCUAAAUAAACGACCCUCAAUCGAAAAGAUAGCAAACAAAGUUAGGUUGUCACUUAUCAGGUCAUAAACAGUAUGCCUAAAUUUGUGAACAAAUUUACGAGAGGC